GGCUUGCGGUGGUCACUCAUAACCCAACUUUUUUAUUGGUCUGCAAAGAAUAAUCGUCGACUAAAUGGGUGUCAAAGGACUUACGACAUACAUUGGAAAGAAUGCAAAGAAGUUCCUUUCGCCUCACGAGCUGCACGACUGCAAUCUGGUCAUCGAUGGAGACAAUCUGGCGUGUCAACUGUUUAGAAAAGUCUGCGAGACCACCAACUGUGCCUUUGGGGGCGACUAUGACAUGUUCUACAUGCAAGUAUGCCGCUUCUUCACGCUCCUGGACAAGUGCAAUGUGAAAGCUUACGUCCUGUUGGAUGGCGGAUAUGAGAUAUAUCGCCUCCGGACAGUGCAUUCCCGGCUAAGAUCGAAGAUUGCUGCGAUCAAGCACUUGGAUCCCACUCGUCCGGAUGCCGUCCACUUUCCCUUGCUAAUCAGGGAGGUCUUCGUCAGAGCGCUGAGGGAUAUGAAGGUGGAAGUGAUGAGAUGCUUAUUUGAGGCUGACGAAGAAGUGGCCAAUCUGGCAAAGCACCUCAAUUGUCCAGUGCUGAGCUACGACUCUGACUUCUACAUCUACAACGUCCUGUACAUCCCCUUCGUCUCGCUCACGCUGAAGGUGUACAAGAAGAUCAUUCAGAGGGACGGAAACGAGAUGGUGCACGUGGAGAGAUGUUCGCUGAAGGCACGGAAGAGGAAUCGAAAGGCCAGAGUGCCUGUCAUGGACAUGGAUGGGGAAGAUGGUGAGCAGGAAGAUGCAGAUGAGAAGUGCUACUACUAUCUGGAUUGCUGCCUGUACCGGAUGGAGAAUCUAAUGAAGCACACCAAAAUGACUGAGGAAUUACUUCCAUUCUUCGGCGCGAUCAUCGGCAAUGACAUCACUCAGAGAUCCAGGCUCAGAAAGUUCUACUGUGGCGUCAACACACGCAAGAAGAGGAAGCAGCAAUCCAAGCUCCAGAGGCAGAUCGAUGGACUUAUUCAUUGGCUGCAGCACGAAACUCUGUCCUCAGCCCUGGAGAAGCUUGAGAUUCGCACUGACAAGGAGAACAGAGAGAGUCUCCUCGAGCAUGUGAAGACUGCUUCGGCGUCUUACACAUCCACGAACAGCAUCUCGUGUGUCUACUUCGGAUUCGUUGAGGAGACUGAGGAGAAUGAACUGGAAGAUGACCAAGAAAUCUGUGAAGAAGAUCCGAGUGAAGAUGAGGAAACAGAAGAAGAGGAAUCAAAAAUUAAAUUAGCUGAAAAUCCCGCAGGAAGAAAGGACAUUCCGCCUUGGCUGAAGAGUAAAUUCCUCCGGGCUGAACUCCCUCGAUACUGCAUUGAUCUCAUUCACCUGAAGAUGUACGUGAACAAUCCACAGAUUGAGAACUACAAGCUCAAAGACGCAAAUUUGGUGGCUCUUGACAUCCUUCUGCUGCUGUUCCGCAUCUUUAAUGCUCCUGAAACGCCAACUCUCAACUACUUGACUAGACUUCCUGGCCAGAUCACCUAUGCGAACAAGUACCUGACGCUGGAGACAACAGAUGACAUUGCCUUUGAUCCCGAAGAGAAGAGUGACAAACUCUUUCGCCACAUUUUCUGCAAAUAUGAGAAACAGCAGGAAAUGUUUAGCCUCGUGCCAGCUCUCAGCUCAGCUCAGAGGCUCUACACCCUGGCCAUUGUCUACUGGACGAGAAAGUCAAAACUCUGGACAUGGAUUCACAUCCGAAGCCUCAUCCUCUCGAUGAUGAUUCUCAGCUUUGUCGACAAGAAGUGCGGAGAAAUCCGCAGCCAAGAGGAAUUUGAGGGAAUCAAUGGGAAAACUCUGCAAAGAAUCAAAGCUGAAAUGGCCAAAAAAACACUCCCGACAAGUGAAAUCCAAGAGGAGUUUACAGAACCCAGAGGACGGCAAUUGAGGAAGAAGAUCAGCAAGAAUGAGUGCGUUAUAAUACAAGAGCGGAUCAUUCCAUUCCUCUCUCGCAAUGUUCAUCACAAGAAAUCUUACACUGACUUCUCCAGCACAAUUCUCCACGGAUUCUCAGAAUUCCAGGCUGUUCUGUAUCACAUGAUCACCCUGAACUCAAUCUCAAACUUCCCAUUUGAGGAGCCUCACGUGGCUAAAAUGUACAAAGGAUUUCUGCUCUUCAAUCUCUAUUCCACACUGAAAAAGCGUGAUGAUCCUGAACACUAUCUCAGAGCUAAUCUUCUCAACUGUGCCCACAAUUUCUGGUCAUACUAUGACUACCUGAUGACCUGGCUCAGGAAAUUUAUACCAGAAGAGAAUGCAUAAAAGCGGAAUAAAUACCUUUCUGACUACA